AAGAGCAGCAGGGUGUCCGAGACCUGUGCAAGGCACCACUUGCCCCCAGCCUGGUUCCUGCGCUGCCAGCUGCCCCGGCUCGGCAGAGCCAACCUGUGCGGGCGGCUGAGCCGGACCAGGCACGGCAGGCGCCAGGAGAACUGGGUGACUUGGGGGAGCGGGAGCUGAGUGCUUCCCUUGGCAGCUAACCAUGGCUGGCUGGAGGGGCCCGGCCACUCUCCUAGCCUUUCUCCUCCUGUGCCCGCUCCCCUCCCCCAGCUGCCCUGCCAUCUGCAGAUGCUCCUCUGGGGAAGUGGACUGCAGGUACCGAGCCUUGCGCUUUGUGCCUGAAAACCUGCCUACCAAUGCCAGGGCCGUGUGGCUGGGCUACAACCACGUUGCCGUCCUCAAGGCUCACUCCUUCCGCUCGCAGCGGGCGCUGCAGAACCUCAGCCUCCGCAACAAUGUCCUGGUGAGCAUCCACAGCCAGGCCUUGGCAGGGCUCGGGGCGCUGCGGGAGCUGGACCUGAGCAACAACUACCUCACCGUGCUCACGGCUGAGACCUUCCUGCCUCUCCCAGGCCUAGUGGUUCUCAACGUGGGGGCCAACAAGCUUGGCCAGCUGCCCCCAGAGGUGCUGAAAGCGCUGCCCCGCUUGCAGGAGCUCUUUCUGCACAGCAAUGCCCUGAGGUCUCUGCAUGCCAGCGUCUUUCUGAACCUGACUGCCGUGCGCUCCCUGACCCUGCAGGGCAACCCAUGGGCGUGCACCUGUAAAAUCCAGCCCCUCUUCCUCUGGAUCAUGGGCAACAGGGACAAAAUCCAAGAGGAGAAUUUGAUCCUGUGCAGAUUCCCAGAGCACCUCAACGAGUAUCCCCUCCUAGCCAUUGGCAACGAGUCCUUCAGCCACUGCCAGGACAGCUUGCUGCACCCCCAGGACUAUGCCUUCUUCCUGCUCGUCGGCCCGGCCUCCUUCCUGGCCAGCAUCCUCAUCUGCCUCCUACUUGGCUCCCUGGCUGUGGCCUAUAACUACCUCCUGAAAGAACUUUGCUGUUGGUGAGGAGCCCACCCGCGUGGGAGUACUGCGGCUGUAUUAGCUCUGGGGGUGCCAGCAAGGGGAUGAGGUACUGUCUGUGUCCCAGAUGCUGGUGGCCAGGGCUGGCAAGCAUUGUUGUGGGUACUGGAAGAUAAUUGUGUUACCUUCUCCUGCUGCGGGGCCUUUCCUUCUCCCCCAUGGGACUAUGAGCCCCACUCAUGGUCCUUGGAGUUGCAGCAAUGAACCAAGGAGGAAAUCCCCAAAGUUUCAGCAAGACUUCCCUGAACCUCCAGCUGCACUGGCUGGUGAGCACUGGCUCCACCCCGAGCCCUUCUGCUGUCUCCAAGAGCCUGCCAGCAAGAUGCCAAUUGUUCCGAUAUGGAGUGAGAGCCAAUAGGACUGAGCUGAGACCCCCCCCAUCGUCUUCCACACCUGCCCCUGACCAGCAGCAGAUGGGAGCUGCUCCCACCUGGCUAGGUUCACGCCAGCAUCUCAGAGGUGAAAGGCCCCUUCCUAAUAUGCCUCAAAGGCACCUAGAGGGACGACCCUCCAUUACCAGGGCUUCAGCGGUAGCCGAAGGAUGUAACCUUCUAGCCUGCCCAGCUCAGUCCCCCAAUAUGAACGUGACAGCCGGGGACUGAGUGCAGUCCCUGCACCCAUUCACAGGGCUAACACGAUUGGGAUGGCACGCUAGGGAACCUGGCAUCUGCUGCAGGCAGGUGAGCUGAGAAUUGCCUUUGGGUUUGCAACAUUCUCAGCCUUUACAGUGCCUCCUUGCUGCACUGGCGGUUGGGUAGCUUCUUCAAUAGCAGCCCCGAUGUGCUCAGGGGAACGGUCAGGGUGUGCAUGCUGCUACUACCCUGGAGAACUAGGAGUCGUUUGCUCUGGCUCCUCCUGUGUUCAGACCAGAGCAUGGGCAAAUCAAACCGGAGGUGUGCACCUUUCCACCCAGGGAAUGGAGGCUGAUCUUCAGGAUGAGGGUCAUGAGUAGAGAGCUGGAGCUGGACAAAUACCGAACAACGUCUGCACCUACCUACGUGAAUGUCGAGAAUAGCUGGCUCUGGCCAUGUUCAUCUCCUGUUUGCAUUCACGUCCCACCGAUGUUCUAGCAAACAUGUCUCCGGACCGGAGAGCUCACAGGAAUGGUAAAUUUUAGAGAAUAUUUGUGGCAAGUGAAUUUUGAACUUGUAACUGUGAGUGUGUGCUCUGGAAACCUGAACUGGGACCAGGCUCAACAAUCAGGGAACAGAACUAUUCCUUGGGCCGUGCUCAGAGCGCAGAUUUCAGAUCUGGACAAUGAGUGCUCGCUGUGACCUGCAGGCAGAGAUUGGCUGUUGAGAGAGCUGCACUGCAUUCUGGGACCUGCAUUCUGGCUCCAGAGGGAACAAAGGAAGCAUCACCAAAUCUAUUACUCCUGGCUUCAGCUCUUCCUACACGGGUAAUGCUCCCAGAGCCAAAGAUAACCCCAGAGUCGGGAUUACCCAGCCCACCAGUGGAGAAUGACAAUAGUCCGGUUGUUGGGCCUGAGAGCCACUCAGCAGCACAAUGGAAUCCAACAUGUGGGAAAUGUUUUCCUUUUCCAGUAAACCACCACCACCCAUGUGCCCCACGGGCUAUUCCCAGUAAAACACUGAGUGUUUAAGGGCAGCCUGUUCUCCCCUUCCUGCAGCACCAUGUGUGCAGUGCUGGGGAUACAUGAAGCAAUCUUAGGUGCCAAGGAGUAGUACUGUGUUAUCUGAUAGCAGAACCUUCACGUGUGCUCCCCACUGUGUCCCCCGCACCCACCCACCAUCCCCUUAGGGCCCUAGAACCUCCAUCUCCCCUGGCCUCCUUCCCUGCUGUCCUGUCCUUGCUCACUGCUCCCGUGUGCGUUGGGUUGCCUGCCCCCAGGUACAUGGGGACCCAGCACUACUGCACCCCCUAAGUACAGCCUGGUCUCAGCCUCCCCAUAUGCCCACAGGGAGUCAUCACUUUGGCCUCCCUCUGCAUCGAGUCAGGUGGAGCUGGAAUGUGUGUGAGCCCUGCCUGGCAUCCUCCUGGUGCCUUGGGCAGUUUCCAGCUGCCACUCCUUCCCUCUGGUCAUCCAUCCUGUCAGUUACAUAAUCUCAGGGGCUGAGACACACCCAGCUCUCCUCCUCUGGGCUCUGCACUGGGGGCCAGUCACUCCUAACAAAUGGGGGCGGGGGAGCUCUUUUCAGUACAGGGGUCUGAUUCUAAGGAUGCAGGGAUCUGUGCUUAAAUCCAUCUUGACACACUGUGGCUUCCUCUCCAGCCAGGGGGCAGGGUUGAGGU